AUGGCAAGCUCAAGUCCAAGAUUGGUCAUUGGGAUCGAUAUUGGGGCGAGUAAGACAGUUGUCUCCUACGGCCGCAAUGACGAAGGGACUCAGAACAUUGACUUCUUCCGAUUGCACAACAAAUACAUAGUCCCCACAGCAAUCGCAUACACUUCAGAAGAUUCGUACGAGAUCGGUGAGGACGCCCAGGCUGCGGGUACUAACUGUGUUUAUUGGUUAAAGCAUAUGUUCGAUGAGUCCCGCAUCGUGAAAGACUCUAAUGACAAGUUGAUUGGGGAGAUCGUUCAGUCGGCAUGUAACCAACUUCCUCAAAGACAAAAGAAUGAUCCCUCACUAGUGGUAUCGGACUUCCUACGUGGCAUCUUAGGUAGUGUCCGGGCCACUCUGAAUUCCGACACCACACUCCUAAACCUGCCAUGGGACUUUGUAUUCACACAUCCCUCAACAUGGUCGGAGAAUUCUUUUCAGAAAUUGAAACAGGCUGUCUACUCAGCGGGGUUUGCGGAAUCUGAAGGCACAAGAAUCAACUUCAUUACUGAGGCGGAGGCCGCCGCUGUGUUUGCGGCUAAUGAACAGGCUUCUGCUAUGACACCAUUCAACUAUCCUCAUUAUGGAGUGAUUGUUGUCGAUUGUGGGGCGAGCACACUGGAUGUGACCACCUUUUUUGUGGAUCAAACUAACCCUUUUGAAUGCCAGAGGCUUACGGCCAUCACUAGUAACGCCUGUGGUGCUGUUCAGCUUCAGUCGCAGAUCUACAACGCUUUGGAAAGCAAACAAACUCACAGUCGUUCGACCAGAAGCAACACUGGACUCACCAACUUCGUCGAAUGGUCCCGGAAGCAUUUUCCGCAUGGUCCUAUAUCAAAACCAGGUUUCUACAAGCUCUCAGCAGCUGAGAUGGGGAAGAUUUACGAUGAAUUUACAACCAAAGUCAUUGACCAUAUCCGACAACAGAUAGCUUGCGCGAAUAUGACCGCGGGCGGGAAUAUUAAGCUAGUGCUAGUUGGGGGACUAAGCAAGUCGUCCGAAAUUUCAACAAGAAUCAACCGUGCAUUUCCAAGAGAAUCCGGAAUCAGUGUCUACCAGCCACCUGGCGAUCAACCAGUAACUGCAGUUUGUCUGGGUGCGACAGCGCGCGGCAUUGUGGGGGAAUUCCAACUAUCCUUCAAGUUCUGGCAAAAUUACGCUUUCUGCUAUGCAGGCAAACGACAAGAUAUUAUUUCCAAGGGAGACACCUUCAACGGAAUUCACCCUUUGCACUUCAGAUGGACACUAGCGCGACACAAAUUUGGUUUUGACCACAUGUCUAUUGCUGAGGGGGAUGGCCCAGAGAACAAAGUCUACAAAAUCAGAUGCGACUUGUCACAACUGCCAGACAACUUGGGGCAACUGGAUGUCUUGGCGAUAUUCCGAGCCACGGUAAAGUUCGAUGAACAGCAUUUUCCACCCGAGCGCAUGCUCCAUAUCGCCGUCCACGAGAUGUUAACUCCACAAAAGCGAGUCAUAGGUCACGUACGAAUAGCCAUGCAGGGUGAUCUAAGUUAA